ACUUUCCUCCCCUUUUUUCCUUCUUUUUUUAUAUCUUUAUUCUUAAAAAUGAACCGUCUUGAACAAAUUGCACUCGAUCCACGAUUCCAUGAAGCCUUGUCUGUCCUAAAAGGCUUUCGAAACGGUGUUGUUUAUGGUGCCAAGGUUAGAUUCCCGCAUGCUUUGGUCAUGACCAUCUUGUUCAAAACUGGAUCAGUGGAAAGUAAAGUCAAAGGUAUUUUGAGAGCAACUAAACAACACGCCCUUAACUUGGGUACGUUUGCUACCAUUUACAAAACCUUGAUGAUUGUUCAAAGAAAGAUGAAUGACGGAAAGGAAGCUAGUCUUCACCCUUUUAUCGCUGGCGUCAUUGGUGGUUACUAUGUGUUUGGCGAUAACAAUAGUAUUAAUCAACAGAUUAUUCUUUAUUUAUUUUCUAGAGUUGUAAUGGCUAUAGUUAAAGUACCUGUAAAGAGACAAGUGGUGGAUGCUCCACCACAGACAUUCCCUGUAUUCGCUGCUGUUGUUUGGGGAUUAGUGAUGUGGUUAUUUAGACAUGAGACAGAUACCGUUCAACCUUCACUUAGAGCAUCUAUGCAGUAUAUUUAUCGUGACUCUGAUUCGUGGAAUUCGCUUCGUACAUUAAUAUGGCACAAUAAAUAAUCUUUUACAAGUGCAAAUUUUUAUUAUAAACUUUGUAGUGUUAUAAUAUGCAUUGGCUGUUUUUUAAAGGGUAUAAUAAGAUGUUAAUUUUCUUGUUGUUGAUGAUGUAAGCGUCUAUUUCUUAGCAAGGUUGCCUUGUUCAUAUCAAGUUCAAAUAUAUUGCGUUUUCUUCUUGAUGUUGGUGUGGAUAUUGUGUUUUCAUAUCUAUUCUUUGGUUGUUGGGCAAUGGGAUAAACAGAAGCAGGUGCAACACCCUUCUUAUCAUGCACUAACUGUUCUGCCAUGGCAAUGACUUCUUUUUGAAUACCAAAUGUUGGGUCAUGAUGUUUAUCGUC